AUGGUUGCUCAACCCCGAACUGACACAGGUCAUGUCCAAACACCUGUCUCAUCCGAGAAUAAACCUCUUCCACCAUCAAACACCAAGACCGAAGCUAUUCAGGACCAUGUGACUAGCAACCCUGGCAAGGAACACGAAGACAACGGGACGACCGGCCCGGCACAGAGAGGUAAAACAGAAAAACAAGUAGACCGCGAGAGACGGAAGAACGAGAAGCAGGCCUUUUUUGAGCAGAAGAUUCAAAGCAACGCCGUGAAAAAUGUUGUUGUAUCAUCCAGGACCAAGGGAAAGAAGGCCAACGUGAAGAAAGAGGACGAGGUGCAGUUGGAAGAGUACAUCAACGACACUCCACCCGGACAGAAAAAGAUCCUCAGGUCACUGGAAGAUCCCUACUACAAAGCUUAUUACCCUCCCGCCGUUGAGUCUGCAUGGUAUGAUUGGUGGGAACAGCAAGGCUUCUUCAAGCCCGAGUUUACCGAAGAUGGCAGAUCUAAGCCUGAAGGAUCAUUCGUCAUUGUGACACCGCCGCCAAACGUGACCGGUGCUCUACACAUGGGACACGCUCUCGGCACAGUGUUACAGGAUUCCAUGAUUCGAUGGAACCGUAUGCAUGGUAAGACAACCCUGUGGCUGCCUGGGUGCGAUCAUGCUGGUAUUUCCACGCAAAACGUGGUGGAAAACAUGCUUUGGCGCCGACGACAACAGACCCGCCACGACCUUGGUCGGGAGAAGUUUGUUGAGACGGUUUGGGAGUGGAAGGAAGAAUAUCAAACCAGGAUUAACCACGCCCUCCGAAAGAUGGGUGGUUCUUUCGAUUGGAGCAGAGAAUCUUUCACAAUGGACGCCAAUCUGUCCGCCGCUGUGACCGACACGUUUGUCCGGCUCCACGAAGAAGGCGUCAUUUACCGGGGGGAACCGCCUUGGUAUGACAGGAAGGUGGAAUUUGGCGUGAUUAUUCAUUUCAAAUAUCCCCUGGAAGGAUCCGACGAAAAGAUUGAAGUCGCGACGACCCGAAUCGAGACCAUGCUCGGUGAUACCGGUAUCGCCGUGCAUCCUGAAGAUCCCAGGUAUCGGCAUCUCAUCGGAAAGAAUGCGGUCCAUCCAUUCAUCCCUGGACGGCUUCUACCCAUUGUUGCCGAUGAAUAUGUCGACAGGGGAUUCGGGACGGGCGCUGUGAAGCUCACUCCUGCACACGACGCGAACGACUUUGCGCUUGGACAAAAGCACAAUCUUCCAUUCAUCAAUAUUCUAACCGAUCAUGGCCUGAUGAACGAGAACGCGGGUGUCUACCAAGGACAGAGACGCUUUGACAUUCGAUACACGAUUCAGGAAGACCUCAAGAAGCUCGGCCUGUACGUUGGCAAAAAGGAUAACCCUAUGCGAGUACCGGUGUGCGAGAAGUCGAGGGAUAUUAUCGAGCCUUUGAUGAAACCACAGUGGUGGAUGCGGAUGAGAGAAUUGGCUGACGAAGCCGUUAAGGUCGUCAAGUCCGGAGAGAUCAAGAUCCAUCCCGAAUCUGCGGAAAAGAGCUACUUUCGAUGGAUGGCGAGUAUCAACGAUUGGUGUCUCUCCCAUCAGCUGUGGUGGGGUCAUCAAGCGCCGGUCUAUUUUGCUCAGAUCUCCGGCGAAUUGCAUGACGAAGGCGACGGGUCGUUGUGGUGUUCGGGGAGGACCAAGGAGGAGGCCGAGAGGAAGGCCCGCAGGGCCAUUCCCGACAAGACGUUUACCCUAAAACGUGACGGAGACGUGUUGGACACUUGGUUUUCUUCCGGACUGUGGCCCUUUUCGACUCUUGGCUGGCCAGGCGAGACACACGACUUCGAAACUUUGUAUCCUACUUCUGUCCUAGAGACUGCGUGGGAUAUUCUAUUCUUCUGGGUCGCACGGAUGAUUAUGCUGGGAAAGAAGCUGACUGGCAAGGUACCCUUUACCGAAGUCUACUGUCAUUCGAUUGUCCGCGAUUCGGAGGGAAGGAAAAUGUCGAAGUCACUGGGCAACGUUAUUGAUCCUCUCGACGUGAUUAAGGGAAUCACCUUGGAAGAUCUUCACGCGAAGCUCCUCCGAGGUAACUUACAUCCUGACGAGGUAGAGAAGGCGAAAAAAUAUCAAAAGACGGCCUUCCCAGACGGUAUCCCGCAGUGCGGCGCGGAUGCCAUGCGAUUCUGCCUUGCCGCUUACGCGACGGGCGGUGGCGAUAUCAACUUUGAUGUCAAGGUUAUGCAUGGUUACCGCAAAUUUUGCAACAAGAUCUACCAGGCCACGAAGUACGUCUUGGGAAAGCUCGGUCCAGACUUCACCCCUCGGCAGACGCCACAAGUAACUGGUAAGGAGUCGCUGACCGAACGGUGGAUCCUCCAUAAGAUGACCAUGGCAGCAAAGGAGAUGAACGCCGCCAUUGCCGCUCGUGAGUUUGCCAAAGCGACGCAGGUUAUCUACCAGUACUGGUACAAUCAACUCUGUGAUGUCUACAUUGAGAACUCCAAGGUCAUUGUCCAGUAUGGUAGUGAAGAGGAACGACGCUCGGCGAUCGAGACACUGUACACCGCUCUGGAGGGCGCGCUGACCAUGAUUCAUCCAUUCAUGCCCUUCCUUACCGAAGAGUUGUGGCAGCGCCUUCCCAGACGUCCUUGUGAUCGCACACCAUCUAUCACGGUUGCCAAGUACCCCGUCUAUAAGCCAGAUAUGGACUGCCCGAGUUCAGAGGCGGCGUAUGAGCUGGUCCUGGGGGUAUCGAAGGGCGUUCGCUCACUCAUGUCCCGGUAUUCUCUGCAGGGCGAAAGUCAAGUGUUCAUCAAAGCACACACGACCACUGCCCGUGGCACCCUCAUGGCUCAAGUUCAGUCCAUCAAAUCACUGGCAGGUAAAGGUGUGUCGGAAAUCGCGAUACUCGAUGUCGGGGGCCCCAACCCUGGUGGUUGCGUUGCCUUCCCCGUGGCUGCAGAUGCAACUGUAUUGCUGCACGUGAAGGGUCGGGUUGACAUCGAUGCGGAAAUCAGCAAGGCAAGCACAAAGCUUCAACGCGUCUGCAGCAGCAUCAGGUGGCACAGCCAACGCCUGUCGGCACACGGAUACAUGGAGAACGCCACAGAGGAGGUAGUUGAGUCGGACAAACACAAGCUCGCAGACCUGGAGGCUGAGCGUGACUCGUUGCAAGCCACGCUUGGGGCAUUUCAACGUUUGAACGACGAGUAG